GCUCUGCCGGGUAACAACUUCCGGGUUCAACCUGCAACUCCAUGCGCGAAAUGACAACAAAGUCAGUCAGGAAAUAGUCCCACUUUAAAACCAACAUAUUUUAUUUUCUGAAUACAAUUCUACGUUCAUAAUUCAUUAUCUGGUCACUUUUUAAAAUCUCCUUAAAAUGGUGUUUUACUUCACAAGUGCCGUGGUGGAGCCUCAUUACACCAUUUACAUGGGAAAAGACAAGUAUGAAAACGAAGAUCUCAUCAAGUAUGGUUGGCCUGAAGACAUCUGGUUUCAUGUGGACAAAUUGUCCUCAGCUCACGUUUAUCUUCGCUUGCCAAAGGGUGUGACUAUCAAUGAUAUUCCUCCGGAGGUUUUGAUAGACUGUGCACAGCUGGUGAAAAACAACAGCAUUCAAGGCUGUAAGAUGAACAACAUCGGCGUGGUCUACACGCCGUGGUCCAACCUGAAGAAGACGGGGGACAUGGACGUGGGACAGAUCGGCUUCCAUCGACAAAAGGAGGUGAAGACGGUGGCCGUGGAAAAGAAAGUCAACGAGAUCGUGAACCGCUUGGAGAAGACCAAAGAGGAACGCUUUCCUGACUUGGCGGCUGAGAAGGAGUCGAGGGACCGUGAGGAGCGCAACGAGAAGAAAGCUCAGCUGCAGGAGCAGAAGAGACGCGAGAAGGACGAGCAGAAGAAGAAGAAGGAGAUAGACGAGCUCAAGUGCUACACUUCCCUGAUGAAAAGCGAAAACAUGCAGACCAACGAGGAGGGCUACGAUUCCGACGACUUUAUGUGAGGACGACAUCAAGAACAGCUAACAAAAUGAAACAACGACGUAAAAAAACACACACACACAAGGAACCAGAGCAGUGGCAACACUGCCCCAAACGAACAUGGCUGCCGCGUCCUGGAGGGUGUACGCCGAUAAAGCUCCACGGGACAAGCUGAGGAGCAUCUGGGGGAGGGGGGGGCAUAAAACGGAUCGUGCCAUUUUGAUUGAUGCUGCCGACUGAUUGGUUGCACUUUUUUUUUUUGCAUGUCAAGUGUUUACAAUCAAUGCUGUUUGACAAUAUAUUUUAUUUUCAUGAGUCCUUUUAAAAUCCAUUUUU